CUGAUUAGGCCCAACUUCCUAUAUAUAUAGUAUAAAUUAAUUAACCUGUUGUUGUGAGUUGCAGGUUACAAAAAAUUUGGCGAGUACAGCCAGGAGCCUAGUUGUGUGACAACAGUGGAACAACAAUUUGAAUUUUAUCUGUUAACACAUUGGUACUAUGGAUUUCAUUGCAAAAUUAGGAAUUAAGAUACCAAAUGCAGUCAUUGUCAGCGGUUUAACUGGAUCUGAAAAGGAUGAUGAUGUUUUUGACUACUUGCGACAAUGUGGUACAAUAAGUAGGACACUAACAGUCGAUGAUAGCUCAUCUGAGUUUUACCAGAACUGUGUCGUGGAGUUUAGCUCUGAUUUAGCUGUUCAGGAGCUAACACCUGCAUUGCCUUACCUGUAUCCAUCAGCUGAAAAUCCAGAUGUUAAAUACUGUGUCCGCGCCCUAACAGAUGUUUACACAAAAACCGUAGGGGGCAGUGUAACUGAUACCUACCUCACUGAACUAAAGACCUUAGCUAAGUUAAGUGGGAAGGAUUUUGAAGAAGUCUUAAGGGAGGUGAUGUCAAAGUUUGAAGAGUCCAUGGGAUCUGUUGAGGCAGCUGCAAGCCCAUGUCCAAAUAAUGACACAGAGCCUACACAAAGUGUUGGUUUCCCUCCACACCACAUUGAUAACCCCCACUCUCCUAAGCUUGUUCAGAGCCCUAACCCAAGUUCCUUGAAACUUAAUCAGAAACCUCAUAUAUUAAGUCAAACCGAUCUAGUCUCACCUGAAGUACAGAGGAUUGUGGUUGAACAUGUUGUCAAAACUACAGAGAAGACAUCUAAUGGUCACUCCACCCUUAGGUUGAGAGCUUUUUCUGGAAGAAACCCUAGACCAUAUCCCGAAGUUGACUAUGAAACAUGGCGUUCCCAUGUUGACUUAAUGAUGGGAGACACAUCUCUUUCUAACUUGGAAAAAACCCGAAAAAUUCUUGAAAGCCUUCUCACUCCAGCUUCAGAUGUCAUUCGGCCUCUUGGGCCUGAUGCAUCCGUUGAUGACUAUCUUAGGCUGCUUGAGUCGGCAUUUGGCACUGUUGAAGAUGGUGAGGAACUGCUUGUGCGAUUCAUGAACACUUUGCAGGAUCCUGGGGAGAAACCAUCUGCGUACUUGCAACGCCUACAGGUGGCACUGAGUCUUGCAGUGCGCCGGGGUGGUGUAGACCCCCGAGAAAGAGACAGACAGCUUCUUAAGCAAUUUCAAAGAGGCUGUUGGGAUGAUAACCUGCUGACAGAACUGCAGUUGGAGUUAAAGAAAAAUAAUCUGCCCACGUUUGCAGAACUAUUACUCCUACUCCGUAUUGCAGAAAACAGACAAGAAGUUAAAAGCACAAGAAUGAGAAAACACUUUAGUGCAACCAAACAAAAAGCAGCGUCACAUGAACAAACUGUCACUGAAACAAAAAUGGACUUUUCCGAAACAACUUCAAACACUUUAAGUGAUCUGAAAAAACAGGUUGCUGAUUUAAAAAGCCAAUUAGCAGCAGUUAUGAAACAAAAGAAACAAACAGUACCUAAGAAGAACCAAACAACAAAACCUGACCAUGCAAACCCUGAACCCAACUUACCUUCACACAGCCGCCCUAGUUCACGGCCCAAGCCUUGGUACUGCUUUCGCUGUGGGGAGGACGGACAUAUUGUUGCCAACUGUGAAUCUGAGCCAAACCCUGCACUUGUAGAGGCAAAACGUAAAGAACUAAAAGCAAAAAGGCAAAUAUGGGAUAGACAACACAAUGGCUCUGCUUCUUUAAACUGAAGUUUGCCUCUGUUGAGGGACAAACAGAGGCUACCACAGAGUCAAACCGUCCCCUUGAACCCAAGCAAAAUGUGCCGACUAAAAAACGUGCCAUUUUAAAGUCGCAUACUAAAACCGGCAGAUUCAAACUGCCUCAAGGUUUAAUCGGUACUAAAAGUACAGCCCAAGUAAAGAUUGACAGCAAUACUGUAAACUGCUUACUCGAUUCUGGCUCCCAGGUGACCACGGUCCCACAAUCAUAUUAUGAACAACAUCUGUCUAGUCAUCAGAUUAAGCCACUUUUUGACCUACUCGAAGUAGAAGGUGCAAACGGCCAAUCAGUGCCUUACUUAGGGUACAUUGAAAUGAACGUCACUUUUCCAAAAGAGUUUCUCGGCAUUGAAGCCGAUGUGUCAACACUUGCCUUAGUCGUGCCAAACAUUCGAGCUGCUUCCCAGUCUUUGGUGUUAAUUGGAACUAACACCUUAGAUGUGCUUUAUGAAUUGUAUAACGAAGCAUGUCCCGGACUGCAGCCUCUCAUUUCAGAUGGUUAUAAGGCAGUGUUAAAAGUGCUAGAGUUAAGACACAAACAGACCAAAGGCAGUAGCCUUGGUCUAGCAACCAUGUAUAACAAAGGCCCUCAGCUAGUCCCAGCAGGCCAGACAGUUGUCCUGGAAAGCUUGGUAGCAGUGUCAACUAAUACCACAGAGAGAUCCGUGCUGCUAGAGCACCCAUCCUUUUCAACCUUACCUGGGGGUGUCCUAGUAAAGCCAAGUCUCAUCAGCUUACCUGAG